CUCAACCUUCACUCGCUGUUGGGAUAAUCCUCAUUACUUCACCUUAUUCUGUCUAAUUCCAUCCAAUUAUCCCAAAUGAAGUGGUGCAGCCUUCUGUGCCCUCUCGUCGUCAUGCAGGCCGGCAUCGGCGGGGUUUGGGGUCAUGUCAAGCGAGGAUCGGAGCAGAAUGCCACUCUCUAUGCCUAUGGUGCCAAUGCUUCUGCCUGGCCAAUUGCUUAUGGGCUCAGCGAUGGUCUGCUGUAUAUUGCCCAAAACCCAGAUGAUACUGCCGCCGACCUGACUCCCAUGUACUGGGGCCUACCGUCUAUCACCGACGAGUGCUGGAUUGUCAACGGGACUUUUGUCAAUGGUACCCGUGCUGGUUCGCUAUACAUCCGGCCCGAAACCGACAACAGCAUCGGGGUGCUGCCUUAUGCCAGGGCUGCGGCGGUCGAUGGAAUUGUCACGGGCUUCGCGCUGUUUGCCUCGCAGCUGGUCUACAACAACAACACCGAGUUAGAGGCACAAUUCUGGGCGUCUAGCACGGACACGGACGGGGUGUAUGCGCUGGUGUGGGUGGAGGACGAGAGCGAAGUGGGCAGUGGUAGCUUUCCUGUGGUAGUCAAGGGAUCGGAAUCUUGAGC